GCCGGGCUUAACGGUGCCAUUGUACGGCAAUUUAUACAGACUUUUCCGCAUUUUCCCCACCAGCCGCGACCAGUUUUCCGGAACCUAAAAAAAAUAAUAAUAAGAGAAUCCUCCACGUGCUCAAGCGUUGUGUCCACAAAACAUCCUUCUCGAAUUUCAAUUCCUGGGCAGGAUAAGGAAUAACCGACGACGAAGGCGUUAAAAAUAUUGGAAAUAGAAAACUGUGAUUUGUUUCUAUUUAGCAAAUAAAAAUCAAAGAACAUUACACACAGCGUGAGCCAUGCCAACGCAAAACAGCGCCAUGUGGGGCCAAAAGAGCAAUCGCAAAUUAAUUACCGGCAUUUUUGGCUUCUGCCUGGGACUUUUUGGCAUAUUGUGCGGAAUGUUCUGGGUGGAUCUAUUCGAUUGGAUUAUGAAAACGGAAAUGGCUCUGGCACCCGACACACGUGUCUUUGACAAUUGGAAAAGUCCCCCAUUGGAUCUAAGUCUGGACAUUUAUCUCUAUAACUGGACGAAUCCCGAGGAUUAUGGUAACUUUUCCACAAAGCCCAUUAUGCAACAGGUGGGUCCUUAAUUUACCGAGAGACCCAAUAAGGUGGACAUUGCCUGGCAUCCGGAAAAUGCCUCUGUGACUUAUCGCCCUCAGCUUUUUUACUUCGAUGAGGAGGGCAGCAAUGGAAGUUUGGAUGAUGAGAUUAUAACCAAUGCGGUGGCUCUGUCUGCAGCUGCCACGGCCAAGCACUGGCCACCAGUAAAGAGAUCCAUGGUCGAUGUGGGACUCAGGAUGUAUGGCGCUGAGAUGUCCGUCCAGAAAACGGUCGAUGAACUUUUGUUUACUGGAUACAGUGAUUCCAUGAUUGACGUGGCCAUGGCCAUGCCCAUUUUCGGGGAUGACGUUAAGGUGCCCUUCGACAAGUUCGGCUGGUUUUAUACACGAAAUGGAAGUGCAGAUCUCACGGGUGUAUUUAAUGUCUUCACUGGCGCCGAUCACUUGGCCAAGUUGGGUCAGAUGAGCUCUUGGAAUUAUGUCAAUCACACGGGAUUCUUUUCCUCGUAUUGUGGCAUGACCAAUGGAUCUGCCGGAGAGUUCCAGCCACAGCAUCUGAAGCCAGGUGAUAGUGUCGGACUCUUUACGCCGGACAUGUGCCGCACGAUUCCAUUGGAUUAUGUGGAAAUGGAAAUUGAAGGUUUGGAGGGACAAUUCUCUGGAGGACCCCGUUCAGUGGAUAAUGGCACUCAAUAUCCCGAAAACCUUUGCUAUUGUGGCGGCGAGUGUGUGCCCUCGGGUGUGAUGAACAUUAGCUCUUGCCGCUUUGGAUCUCCCGUGUUCAUGUCCUAUCCACAUUUCUUCAAUGCCGAUCAAUACUAUGUGGAUCAGGUGGAGGGCAUGGAUCCCCGGCAGGAGGAUCAUGAAUUCUACAUGGUGGUGGAGCCCACCACGGGAAUUCCCCUGGAGGUGGCGGCCCGAUUCCAGGUGAACAUGCUGGUGGAGCCCAUCGAUGGAAUCGGUCUGUACUCGGACAUUCCAAAGAUAUUCUUUCCGCUCAUCUGGUUCGAGCAGAAGGUUAGGAUGACCCCAGAAAUGGCCGACCAACUGAAGAUGCUCCAUGUCCUGAUGUCGGGUCAGAUAUUUGCCGGCAUUUGCCUGGCCGCUGGACUAAUCCUUCUCUGCUGGGCACCGGCAUUGCACCUGAUGUCCUGGUGCCGAGGCCAUCGAUAUGAGCUGAAGACCCAGGGCAGUAAUGGCCAGUUCCAAAGUCGCUCUCAAUUCAACAGUACCGAGGAGCUCAAGGCCAAGGUCUCCGCUGCCGAAAAGGGUGCCAAAGGAUCACCGGACAGUUCGCCGCUCCUUGAAAAAGGACGAAAGCCGAUUAUCAUUAAAUCGCAGACAGGCGAAAGCGUGGCCACUGCGUCCACAGCGAUCAGCGAUAAUAGACAGGAUUAAACGGUAGAUAAUCUCUGUGAUUAGAUUAUCCCGGCCAUCUAUCUAGCUAGUUAAGCCGUCCUAGUGCUUUAGUCUUAGUAUUUAGUAUAGUGACACUCUAAAAAAAAACAAUGAAACCAACGAAAUUCCAACCAUUCCCCGUGCCUAUGCCAAAGAUUAGAUAGCCCAGAAGUUCAUCUUCGUUUAGCUAACGAAUACUCUUUUUACAUUCCCUAGUUGUUAAACAAAAAAAUGUUUUGUAUUUAAAAUGUGUGUUUUCUUGACCCAUACAGUGUGUCGAAUUAAAUAUUUUAUAUAAA